CUAAGUCACCGAAAAGCAUGGUGAAUUAGUUGUCAGGUGGUGGAUGAAAAUGCCAACAAUCAGCCAUUUGAAUCUAAUCAGCAUCAAGCAACCCGAACUCAGCAAAACUCAAAUUUCAGCCAGCUGCCAGCAGAUGCGGCCAACCAAAUCUGGCGACGUAUAGGAGCUGACUUCGGCGCAGAGCCUUUACACGGAGUCCCAUUCUAUAACCCUUUUAAUCACCAGACAAAUCCAUACAUGUCUAUGAUGACGACCCCGUAUCGUUUCCAGAGUGCCUUACCGUACUAUACUCCAAUGACUUCCUACAUGUGA